AUGGCCCUCCAAAUUAGCCAGAGGCUGAGACGAAUUGCAGAUGAAAUUGAUAUUUUUGUCACUAUACAUGGAAAUCAUCCUAUUGAAAAACUUUUAGAUGAUGGGAAGUUUGCUGAUUCUCUCCUCGAAUUAUCAGAAAAUCUGCCAGAAAAGUGGAAGAAGAUCCUCAGAGCCAGGGAGUGUAGAAAUCCUCUGAGGACUUCUCUCAAGGGAGGAGGAAAACCUAAAGGUUGUGCUGAACUCAGUGAGAGUGUCAGAGGGAUUAUAUGGAAAUGGUUUGAUCACCCGGAGCAGUUUAUAACAAUUGAUGAGGACCGCAUGGCACUUGCUGCUGUUGCCCCCUUUGAUUCUAUUGUCCACCUUAUGCUCAAAAUAGACGACGAAAUUAUUGUCAAUGAGGUGCGCUGGCGGGUGGGCUCCAUGUUCAUGGCAGAUCUUGCUGCCAGGUUCAAUGCGAAUGCACCUGAGAUCGCGGAGAUACUUAUUCAAUCCAAACUUCUCUCACCUGAGUAUCGUGCGGCCUUGAGCUCACAUUUGCCGGCUUGGGUAUCAGCAGGCUCCAAAUACAACAUGAUUGUUCAAGAGUUGAAGGGGGAAGGCAGUAUACUUUACCUUCCGUAUCUUGGUCGGACAAUGUUGGUACCAUCCAUUCUGCAUCACAAAGCUUUCAUUGACCGGCUGCACUCUAGGUAUGAGACCCAUUUCCGGCCCACGGGUAUUGAUGCGACUGCUACAAUCCAUCUGCUUCAAGAGCGUGUGUCCAGUGCGGCUUCAGUCGAGUGGAAAGGCAGGACUGCCCAUGAUAUUAUCAGCUCUGUUUUCAAACAUUUGUGGUCAAAAAUUCCAUCAACAGUGAUUAUACAACAGAACAAUGAGCAAUCCGGAGCAAAGCGAAAGAAAUGCCAGCCUAAACAACCAAGGGUUCGAAAGCGAAAGAAUGGUGGGGCGCAGAAUCCAAUGAAUCAAGGCUCAAGUCUUACAGGCAACAAUUCAGAUGCUUCUGGGGAGGCUUGUCCAGCUGCAGAGGGUAAAGUGGAUACCUCCCAGACCUCAGUGCCAACCACACUGACAGCCAAUAGGAAACACAAGGACUACUUGCUUAUUUAG